AUGAGGACCCAUUGUGAAACUUUGUUUUUGUUGAUACUUUGUGUGGGCAACUCUGAUGCUUGGUUUUGGUCCUGGACUGGGACCACCACUACGGCCCCAUUAGCGGAUCAUGAGGGGUCUGGCAGUCCCACUAGUAGUGGGGAAUUACCAACCGAGGGUAUUCCAAGUUCUGGAGCAGAGGUCAUUGAGGACAGAAGCGGUCACCAAAGUUUUAAACGGACUUGGCAGGGGACUCCUGAAGCUCUUCAACUAGCUACAAUUACACCUACAGUGGAGAUUGAACGUACAUCAUUCAAAGGCACAACCGAGAUUUCACCAAGCACAAGUAAUCCUGGUAAUGAAACAUCUUCGCUUAAAGAAGACAGUGGUGUGUCUCUGCUUGAGCUGAUAGGGGACCCUCCUCCAAAUGAGAUCACACGAGUUUAUGGGCCUGACAGCACUCCUGGUUAUGUGUUUGGCCCUGAUGCCAACACGGGCCAGUUGGCCCGUGCCCACUUGCCGAGCCCAUUCUACAGGGACUUUUCCCUCAUCUUCAACUUGAAGCCAACAUCCGACAAGGGCGGUGUAAUCUUCUCGGUCACAGACGCCACACAGCAGAUCAUGUAUGUGGCCGUCAAACUGACACCCUUGCAGUACGGAAAUCAGAAUGUCAUCUUGUACUACACGGAGCCCGGCUCGGAAACAUCAUUCGAGGCCGCCAGGUUCAUCGUACCUGCUUUGAAGGACUCCUGGACCCGUUUUGCCAUUGCGGUAAAGGAUGACAAGGUCAUGUUCUACCUGAAUUGUGACAUAGAACCUCAAGUGCAGCGCAUCGAAAGGUCCCCUGAUGAGAUGGAGCUUGAAGGUGGUGCUGGGGUCUUCGUUGGGCAGGGUGGAGGCUCCGAUCCGGACAAGUUCCUGGGUGUGAUCAGUGAAUUGAGGGUGGUGGGCGAUCCCCGUGCCGCUGAGAGGCAAUGCGAAGAAGACGACGAUGACUCGGACAUGGCCUCGGGAGAGGGAAGUGGUGACAUGGAAAGAAGACCAUCAAAACCAGCUGUUGAAAAGCACACAUGGACGACUGCUCCGCCAUCAUUACGGCCUAUUCAGCAGCCACCAGUCGCCAGGCAGGAAGAGACGUCGAGUAUGAGACAAACAGGAUCCUUUGGGGCCAAAGGAGAGAAAGGAGACCGAGGAGAGAAAGGGGACAGAGGUCUAACAGGGCCUAAAGGAGACUCUGGUCAUGGAGGGAAGGGUGAACCUGGUGAAAAAGGAGCAAAAGGCAGUGCAGGAUUUGGUUACCAAGGAAAGAAGGGAGAGCCCGGCCCCCCUGGUCCCCCAGGACCUCCUGGACCGCCGGGGCUUGCGUCAGAGGUCUCAGUAUGCAAAGAGGGUUCGGAUCCUUCUUGUGUACCUGGAGUUCGAGGACCACCUGGACCAGCAGGUGCCCCUGGAGCUCAGGGACCACCGGGAGAGGAUGGAGAACCAGGUGAUCCUGGAGAAGAUGGAAAAAGGGGUGUGGAUGGACCCCCAGGCUUCCCAGGAACCCCCGGCGAUCCUGGACUCAAAGGAGAAAAGGGAGAUCGUGGUGAGGGUCAGCCUGGCCCCAGGGGGCCACCAGGUCCUCCCGGCCCCCCAGGACAAGGAAGUAGAUCUACCUAUGUGGACAUGGAGGGCUCAGGAUUCCCUGAUCUGGAAUCAGUCCGGGGAUUGCCAGGACCACCGGGACCGCCAGGUCCCCCCGGUCCACCUGGUGUUGCUAGGCCAAACGCGGGAUCAAGUUCUGGAGCAGUUGGACCCCCAGGACAAGAUGGGCCGCCGGGUCAACCCGGCUUAGCUGGUUUACCAGGCGUCGAUGGCCAACCAGGAGCCCCUGGACCAAAAGGAGAAAAGGGUGAUUCUGGUGUGCUCGGUCAUCCAGGACCAAUUGGACAGAAGGGAGCUCAAGGAGAUGCUGGUUUACCAGGACCAACCGGGGAGCCUGGAUUGGCUGGUUUACCUGGACCAAUGGGACCAGCUGGGCCACCAGGACCGCCUGGGCCUCCUGGACCAAGAUACCGUGUUGGAUUUGAUGACAUGGAAGGAUCUGGUGGGAUUUUCUCAAAUGGGAUUCCUGGUGUCCAAGGACCUGAAGGAAGACAGGGUCCACCUGGUCUGCCUGGACUUCCAGGUAAACCAGGUUUGCCUGGACUCGUAGGUCAGAAGGGCAGUGAGGGUCCUGAAGGAAGGGAUGGGCAACCGGGACUGGACGGCUUCCCUGGAGUUCAGGGAGCAAAGGGUGACAAAGGUGACAGAGGAGAAAGGGGGGAAGCAGGCCGAGAUGGCUCCGGUGCUCCAGGACCUCCAGGCCCACCAGGACCACCAGGACAAAUUAUCUACCAGCCAUCUGAGAAUUUUGAUGGUUCUAUUGGCAGUGUUGGGCCUCAGGGAGGUCCCGGCAUACCAGGUCGAGCUGGAUUCCCUGGUCCUGUAGGUCCAAAGGGUGACAAUGGAGACCCAGGCCCUCCAGGUUAUGGCAUCAAGGGCGAGAAAGGCGAGCCAGGUCUAGUUGUUGGACCUGAUGGGAGUCCGUUCUUAUCGGCGGGGCUAACGGGUUUGAAGGGAGAACAAGGGCCUCCUGGACCCAUCGGACCACCAGGGCAAUAUGGACCUCCUGGAAUUAAGGGCGAAAUUGGAAUGCCAGGAAGACCUGGUCGGCCUGGUGUAAACGGAUACAAGGGGGAGAAAGGCGAGCCCGGUUCUGGCUUUGGAUACCCAGGAGUUCCUGGACCACCAGGACCUCCAGGACCACCAGGACCAGCCUUUGAUCGCUUCACUGACUACGAUAGAACCUCCAGAAACUAUCCAGCUACUAAAGGGGAGAAGGGAGACCAGGGCGAACGUGGCCUUCCAGGCUUCCCCGGCGGAUCCAAUUUUGAUAUUCACACACUCAAGAAUGACUUAAAGGGAGAACACGGAGAGCCGGGAGUCAAGGGAGAAAAGGGUGAACCUGGUGGAUAUUAUGACCCGCGUUUUGGAGGACCUCUCGGGUCACAAGGGCCUCCUGGCAAGCCAGGUUUACCAGGUCCAAAAGGAGAAUCCAUAAUGGGCCCCCCUGGACCUCAGGGACCACCAGGCAAACCAGGGCUCGGCUAUGAUGGUCGACCAGGUCCCCCUGGCCCACCUGGACCACCAGGACCGUCAAGCUCUCCCUCUUUACCUGGCGCCUUUUGGCCCAGUCAAACUGGGAAUGUGCCCGGACCUCCUGGUCCUCCUGGCCCACCUGGAAGUCCUGGACACUCAUCUGGAGUUACAGUUCUCAGGUCCUACGACACAAUGCUUGCUACAGCCAGACGGCAGGCGGAAGGCAGCCUCAUCUACAUCAUCGACAAAGCUGACCUCUAUUUAAGAGUCCGUGACGGACUGCGACAAGUCAUGCUGGGAGAGUACAACCCUUUCUUCAGAGAUUUGGAAAAUGAAGUUGCAGAGGUUCAGCCACCACCUGUGAUCUUGUACCCCCAGUCCCACGACCAGUCCCAAAACAACGGUGCCGGCCACUACUCUCAGAGCGUUUCCGGGGUCCGACCCCUUGAGCCGCCGUCGCGGCCACCUGUGGAUCCCCACUACCCUCCGCAGUACGAUUCCAGAUUCCCAGACCAGAGGCACUCAGGUCAGACAGAUGGCAGAUUGGCGACAGAGCAGGGUGAGAAGAGAUAUCCCGUCACUCCCCAGCGAAGACCCAACCCACCUGUACUGCAUCCCGCAGUACACGGGGACAAAUCAGCAUCAGGGCUCCAUCUCAUCGCCCUGAACGCCCCUCAAACUGGUAACAUGCGAGGAAUUCGGGGGGCAGACUUCUUGUGUUUUCAGCAAGCCCGUGCUGUGGGCCUGAAGGGGACCUUUAGAGCCUUCCUGUCCUCCAAGCUCCAAGACCUUUACACCAUUGUCCGCCGGUCGGACAGGGACACUUUGCCCAUUGUCAACCUCAAGGAUCAAGUGCUUUUUGACAGCUGGGAAUCAAUCUUUGAUGAUAGUGCCAGCAAAAUGAGAAAUAGUGUACCGAUUUACUCAUUUGAUGGCAGGGAUAUUCUCAGGGACAGCGCGUGGCCGCACAAAAUGGUCUGGCACGGGUCGAGCGACAAAGGCCACAGGCAAACAGACCACUACUGUGAAACAUGGCGGGCCGGCGACCAAGCCGUGACGGGCCUGGCGUCGGCGAUACAGACCGGCCACCUCCUGCAGCAACACUCUCGUAGCUGCUCCAACUCACACAUCGUCCUUUGCAUUGAGAACGCCUCCACGUCACACUCCAAAAAAUAA